ACGUGACUUCUAAUCCACACCACGUGACCUCCAACAAAACGCCAUGGCGGCGUCCUGUUCUUUAGGACUUGCAACAAGAUCAGGACUGGGUGGUUUCCUGCGACGAGUUUGCUUUUUAAGAAGCUGUGGUCCCCCCACAGCCGUACUGUGUCAGCAACAUCGCCGCUUCUUUUGGAGGAAGUGGAAAAGUUGUCACAGUGUAGUUCGCCCAGCUUCUGUUAGACCAGCUUAUGCAGUACCCAAGCACAUUGUGCGGCCUGACUAUGUAGGCGACCAGCUGAUCCCAGAAUGGCCAGACUACAUAGAGAUCAAAGACCAAGAGCAGAUCCAAGGCCUUGCCAGAGCAUGUCAGCUAGCCAGACAUGUACUGCUGCUAGCUGGACGCAGUCUGAAGGUAGGUAUGACCACAGAGGAAAUAGACUUUAUCGUGCACCAGGAGACAAUCAAGCACAACGCAUACCCCUCCCCCCUCAGGUACGGGGGCUUCCCCAAGUCAGUGUGUACGUCUGUGAACAACGUGGUCUGCCAUGGCAUACCUGACAGCCGGCAGCUUCAGGACGGAGAUAUCAUCAACGUUGAUGUCACUGUGUAUUUGGAUGGUUACCACGGUGACACCUCAGAGACCUUCUUGAUCGGCCAGGUGGAUGAGGUCGGGCAGCGAUUGGUGGAAGCAGCCAGGCGAUGCCGAGAUGAGGCCAUCGCUGCCUGCAAGCCGGGCGCCCCGCUCUGUGUUAUAGGAAACACUAUCAGUGAAGUUGCUCACGCCAGUGGCUUCCAAGUGUGUCCCUACUUCAUUGGACAUGGGAUAGGUUCCUACUUCCACUGCCAUCCUGAGAUCUGGCAUCACGCUAAUGACAAUGCAUCGACAAUGGACGAAGGGAUGUCUUUCACAAUAGAGCCCAUACUGAUGGAGGGGUCUGCGGAAUUUAGAAUCCUGAAGGACAAGUGGACCGCAGUGUCUGCAGACGAUAAAAGGUCGGCUCAGUUUGAGCACACGGUGGUCAUCACAUCUGACGGAGUGGAUGUUCUCACCAAACUGCCAGAAGAGAGCGCUCUGUGACCUGAAGGAAAUCUAGCUGCCGACCCCCACAUCAACCGUUAGAAGGUCUUUACCUCAGAAAGGAUCCAAACUUCCUGAGAUACCAAAGCAUUGUUACAAGAACUUGAAUGGUGAUUCACCGAGACAGUGUGAUAUUUCUACCUGUCAAGUGAAAUGGAAAUACAUUUUUUUAUUUUGCUUAUAAAUAUUAACUAGGGGUUACACAUACAUUUGUCUAUUGUACAUUCAGUUUGACUGAGGUGCUUUAUCACCCUUGAUUGAAACAUACAGAAAAAGUGGCUGCUGGUACACCUAAAUCCUUUCAUAAUUAAGUAGAGAUUGCUAAAUGCAAUGAGUGUUUCUGUUGUCAUUAUAAGAGAGCCCAAUAUUCUCCCAAUUCCAGUCUGUUCGCCCCCUAACCCAUCAGCAGCUGACUAUUUUAGCCCGGUUUUUUGAAGGAACACCCAGAUUUAGAAAUACUUUUUUUUAGAAAUACUGAGUCCAAAUUCCCCCAGCACAACCCCAUCCACCUACAGUAAAAAUGAAACACCUGCCAUCAACCAAACACUGUGAAAUGUUGUCAUUAUUUCACUUACAUGAUUUAAUGUUGCCAUUUGAUUUGAUCUUCUGUAAUAUUAUUCUCACUUCAUCAUUGUUCAACGCUUACUCCACACUGCAAGAUAUGAAAAUGUGUUACAGAUAUCAAACCCCUUUUUCUUCAGGGUUUUCUUUGUUUUAAAAAGCAAUCACAUUUGAGACUUUUUUUGUCUAAAAUAUUGUCUGAAUCAUCCAUAAAUUAUAUAUUUAUAGAACUCUAGAAUACAAUUGUCUUUAUGUCAUUAAACCCCACAAAAUUCCCAGAAACAGUACAGAGGACAUGACUCCGAGUCCUCAGUAGUAGCUGUAGCCCGGGACACGAGCUCAGCGGGAGUGGUGUUCAUGUGGUCAGGACAUUUUGUCCACCUUUUUUAUUUUUUGGAGAUUUUUAGGACUAUUGUUGAUCGGGCAGCUUAGACUUAAAAGGGGAGAGAGAGGGGGGAUGACAUGCAGCCGAUGGUCAGAACCAAACCGGCAGCUGCUGUCUCAAAGACUCUGCCUCUGCAUGGGUGCAUGCUCUACCAGGUGUGCUACCCAGGCACCUUAGCCUGUCGUGCACCCUUUGUAGGUCACAUAUCACCAGUAGGGGUCAGCACACACUCAUAAAUUGAAGUUGGAGCGUGUAGGAAGUAGUCUUCACUCAUCCUGUGACUGUGUGUGUCUUUGUACUUAUGUAAUGAUGUGAUGUAAUUUUGAUGCCUAUCUUGGCCAGGUCUCCCUUGCAAAAGAGAUUUUUAAUCUCAAUGGGUAUUACCUGGUUAAAUAAAGGAUAAAUAAAAGAAUAAAUAAAAUCCUCCCUCGGUCGCUCCUGAAUGGCAGCGUACAACACACCACAUCAGACUAUCUCAAAUUUGUGCGUGGCCCAUAACAAUAUGGGGAAAACACUCUAGAUUCAUCUAAACCAGGUAUUACUGUAAUAAUGAAUCUGUUGAAUGUCUACCCCCAGGGCCAACAAGAUGAGGGUUAUUCAUAGUAUCACCAGAUGUAACAGAUUGAUUAUGCUCCUUUCUAGUUUAUGUGUUGAAUAAUAAAAUUUGGGCAAAAAUGCUGCAUUGGGGUUGUAAAUUUCACUAACACAGCAUCCCUUUGUUCUAGUUUUCCAAUUCCUCUCCACUGUCCAUAUCUUUUGUCUACAGCUGGUUUUAAUAAAGAAAAGUGCAUGUGAUUAAAUAUCUCACAAGGCUCAUUCUGUCUUUACCUCACCGCCUCCUUCUAACCUUUUGUGCUAUGUUUAGGGAACACUCUUGCACGUCAUCUGUCUCACCAAAGAGCUCCAUGUACAGGUUUGUUAAUUGGUAUAGAAGGUAGAUUACAGCGUGCAGCAUGAGAGUGAUUAAAAACUUCUCCUACAACCUCA